AUGAAGUCUCCGAAUCGGCUAACGGACGCUCACGUCGUCCUUUCCGCCGUUCAGGCUACUUCUGACGGCGAUCUGGACUCACUGCGCAACAUCGUCCGCUGGCGGCCCGACAUCUUUUCAACUACGUUCGUAUAUCGACUGCUACUAUCUUUCUAUCCUGCAGAAAUUUCUGAACAAUCUGCUCUGGUCAAACUUCUACAUGACCUACGGAAUCGAUCCGAUGAUGCCAGAGAGUCCGAACCUCCGAGUAUUGAGCCCUCCAUAGCCAAUCUCACCAACGACGAUGCAUUACGUCGAUGCCACGCUUUGAGCUUGCGGCAGAUUUCUGGAAAUGAAACUAUACGCACAGAAAGCGAGCUGGCUAAUGUCGUUAUUGAAUGGGCAAAAAGAUUGGAACAACUUCAUGGAUCUGCUCAGCCAGCUGGGGAAUUUGUCCAACAUUUCAUCGACCAGGAUGCUGAUCUGCGACUGUGGUAUGAAACAUGUCUUGUCCCGGUAAUUCGGCUGCAAUAUGAGUUCUACCCGGACAGUGAAGAGGUGAUCGGCCUACAGGAUAUUGAGAAACUGUCGGAUACCGAAGGUGUACGGACACUUCUUCAGUAUGCGGUGAAUACGCACAAUCCUUCUGAGGUGGCAAGAGAUCUCGACUGUGUGGUAUCACCAUGGGUUCGAGGGGCAAGUGAAGCAAAGAGGAGAAGAGUGGACUAUUCUACUGAAGACACCCCGGUUCAGGAGGGACCGUGGGAAUCUGUGUAUGACUGGCUGAUCUCCACAAGCAUGACCGAUUUUAGUGUUGCAGCAAAAGCCUACGCUGACUGGAAAGGCCCUAUGGAGGACCAUAAAACGACGAAUGACUGUGUGGCACGGUUUGCUCAGACUGGCAUGGCUAUUAUUUAUGGAUGCUCGGAGGCGUCACCAGAGGCCAAGAAUGUCUGCAGACAGGUGCUUGUCAAGGUUGCAAAGCUUCUCGACUUAGGAAUCACCGACCUCUUGCAGCCAGAACCAGAUAUAUCACUACCUGAAGGUUUUACCAAAGACCUCGAAGAGACAGAUUUGCUGAUCAACGCUCUGCUAAAGAAAUCAAACAAGUUCACACGAGUGAAUGAGUCUUCCGUUCAGUUACUGACUGGGAUUUUGGCCACGGCAGAGAUAUUGUCAGGUUUUGGUCUACCACGCACUACAAGGGACCUGGCACAUGUUGCCAUCUUCGGCUCAGACCGCCGUCACAAGGAUGAACUUCGUCAAUUGCUCCAACACGUUUCAAUGCAGACUCGGCAAGAAAUUGAUUGGCGUUCUGUACGACAGCAGCUCCUUUGGCUCCAAUCUUGGAGCAAAACUCGGCCAGUGAAGCCAGGACAGCAGCGGACAGCCUUUAUCUCCCGCUUGCCCGUCAGCUAUGUGGAAACUCAAAUCCUCGACGCAUUGCUGAAGGCUGCCCAAUAUGGUAUCGUCAAAGAGGUGUACCUGGACAACCCGUUGCCGUCUCUUUCCGUAUCCGAAGUCGAAGCCCGUGUUGUCGCCGCGAUCCUCGAGGCCUAUGAUAAUGCCAGCAACGGGAACAGAGAUCGUGGCGGUAUGAAGCGGGCAAGCGAGAUUUUGAAAGCCUUCCGACCAAACUUCCCCCAGUCCCCUGGUCUUUCGGACAUCGAUCACUUGAUCAAAGCCACUCACAGUCUGUCGUUCUACCAGCUCACCCUGCAGCAUGGUGUUCCUUUCAAGCCCGUCUCCAUUCGAGUGCAGAAAGAUCCGCUAAACCUGGUAGAAAAGGUCUUGGAACAGGACGUGAGAGCAUACACCAAGCUGGACGACCUGCUAGAGAUAGGUCGUAAUCUCAUCCGUGCUCAUCUGCCAAACCGAGGGAAUGUGAUAACAGAGGAAUCGGAGCCUCUUCAGUCACGUCUCUUGGACGCUGAACACAGAAUAACAUACCAAGCGGUCAUGGCAGCUCUGGGUGCGAAUGAUUUCGACACGGCAUAUGCAUAUAUCACAACCCGGCUCAACACACCUGUGGAGCAGUCUGCGUCUUCUGGGUUUGUCGAUGAUGUCUCCUGGCGCGCAGCCUAUGCGGCUGGCAAAUAUCGGCCCAGCACGUCGCCGAAGAGUUUGAAUUCACGGAUAGACAGUUUGACACAGAGGAUGGAGCUCCUCUCACGAGCCUUGAUGUUGGCACCUUCUGGGGAAGCUUUGUCGGGAAUACUGGCUACUUGGCGCCGCUACGAAGAAGAGCUAGAUGGGCUCAAGAUGCAAGCUGUGGAGGAAGAGCGAGCUUUUGAAGCCAGAGCCGAUGCCACUGUGCCUGGAGCAUUUGGUCUCGACCAUCGGGAUGCAGAUGUAGCGGAAACGAAGCGCGUCAUGGCGCGUCGGUCCGGGCCGAAUGGGGCAGGGCCUUCUUAUGAGGAAGAAGCGCCGCUGGGUCUGUUCGAUGUUGCCAGAGGAGCUGCAUUGGCGCUACGGAAAAGUGCUGCUUUCCCACUGGGUUCCGGAGGGUUGGGAGAUCUCAAGAUACACUCAGACACAGCGAAACAACGCGAUGCACAAAGGGAGCAAGCCGGCUCUCCAGUGUCGGACGAUGGAGGAAGGGUACGAAAGAGAGAUAUGGUUGCGAAUAUGGUAACAAGUGGCCUGGUGAGUGGAAUGGGCUGGGUUCUUGGUGCUCAACCCCGGGACAGGCCGGGUGGACAAGGGGAGUAA